UUAAUCUUUAGUCAUCUCCUUUCUCUCACUUUCUCUCUCUAACACUUCUCUUUCUUCAGUUCUAAGGAAACGAAACCAUUUCAGACUGCAGCACUCAAAAUAAUUUUCUGAAAUUUGUGGCGACUGGCGAGGAAUGAAGCGAGGAGCUGAUUUUUCUCCAGACUUGAAUUCAGGGGAAUUCAAAAGGCUUAAAAGUUCUGGAAAAUAUGGAAGUGUGACUGAGGAGAUAGAGGCCCUUCUUGCUCGGUCGAGGCAAAUAAAUCCACUCUUGUUUUUUACAAACAAGUCCAAUGUUAAACAGGUCUCAAAGUUUGCAAAUGGGAAAGCUUUACAUUUGGCAAGGAAUAUCGAUUUUUUUGAUUUGGAGGAUGAGAGUAAUGACGGGGCAGAGGAGGCUAGCACAGCACCUAUUCCUGUCAUAAUCAUUGAUUCAGAUGGGGAAGACAUGGAAGAUCAGAAACCAUCUUAUCAUCCUUGUGAAGCUGAUUCCUUAAAUCAACCAUUUGGAGAUACUUUUGUGAAGGAUAUUGGGAUCAGAGAUAAUUCAGAUAGCAAACACAAUAUAGAAGAUUCAAGUCAAUAUGAUCCUGAGACCAAGCUAGAGAAGGGUGUUCAUGUUGGCAUAGAAGUCAAAGAUGAAGGCAACCAUCAAACUGGUCUUGAGGAUAAUGAUGAUCUUGAAGAUGAAGGCAACCAUCAAACUGGUCUUAAGGAUAAUGGUGAUCUUGACGAUGUUCACUGUACAGAUAGCAGAACCCGAGUGGAAGAUGCAAGUCUACAUGAAGAAGGAGAAAAGAAACCAUCUUCUCCUCUUCAAAAUGUUUUUCUCACUCAACCCUCUGGAGAAACUUUCAUGAAAGAUAUUGAGGUUAGAGACCAUUCGGACAGCAAAACUAGUGAAGAAGUUGCAAGUCCUGAUGAGGAAAUUGAUUCUGAGAUCAAGAAAGAUAAUGGUAUUUAUCUUGGCGUAGAGGAUGGAGAUGAAGAUUUAAGUAUUACGGAGGAAGAUGGUCUUGAAGAUGUUUGGAAUGAAAUGUCGAUGGCAUUAGAGCUUACCAAGGACUCUGUUGUAGACCAUUCAUCAGAGGAACAGAAAACAGAAGUCGAAAAGGACUGCGAGCACUCUUUCAUAUUAAAGGAGGACCUCGGUUAUGUUUGCCGCGUUUGUGGGGUUAUUGGCAAAGGAAUUGAGACAUUAUUCGAGUUUCAGUAUAAGGUCAAAAGGAGCACUAGAACUUACGUGCAAGAGCGUGAGGAUAUCAAAGACAAGUCAGAUGAGAUAGUUAAACUUACUGUGUCUCAGGAUAAGGACAUGUUAGCUAAAUUAUAUGCAGAUCCAAGCCAUUUGAAGAAAAUGAAACCUCACCAAAGGGAGGGUUUUAGUUUUCUUGUUAGCAACUUGAUGGGAGAUAAACCUGGGGGCUGUAUCCUGGCCCAUGCUCCUGGUUCAGGAAAAACAUUUAUGAUAAUCAGUUUUCUGCGAAGUUUCCUGUCUAAGUAUCCGGAUGCUAGACCACUAGUUGUUCUUCCCAAAGGAAUUAUGGAAACAUGGAAGACGGAAUUCCGGAAUUGGCAGAUAGAAGAUAUUCUAUUGUAUGAUCUCUACAAAGCCAAAGGCAGUAGAGUCCAACAGUUAGAGGUUUUUAAAAAAUGGAAAGAAACAAAGAGUGUUCUUUUCUUAGGCUAUCAGCAGUUCUCUUCCAUUGUUUCUAACAAGGAAAUUAACAAUGCAUCAGCUGUAUGUUGUGAUAUGCUGCUUAAGGUUCCAUCAAUUCUCAUUCUUGAUGAAGGGCAUACCCCAAGAAAUGAUAACACAGAUGUCUUCCAAACCCUUGCCCAGGUGCAGACACCAAGGAAGGUUGUGCUUUCAGGAACCCUUUAUCAAAAUCACGUGAACGAGGUGUUCAAUGUUCUAAAUCUUGUUCGACCAAAGUUUUUGAGCUCAGAAACAUCUCAACCCAUUGUGAAGCGGAUCAUGAGUAAGGCAGACAUAUCAAGUGUUAAAAGGCAACCAAAAGCUUAUGGUGAAGCAGUUUUUUUUCAGAUAGUGGAGGAUACUAUUCAGAAAGAUCAAGACUUCAGAAGAAAAGUGUCUAUUAUACACGACCUGCGUGAGAUGACCAACAAGGUCCUUCAUUAUUACAAAGGUGAUUUCCUGGAUGAGCUUCCUGGGCUGGUAGACUUCACAGUAGUGCUCAAUCUCAGUUCCAAACAAAAACAUGAAGUUGAAAAAAUAAAGAAGCUAAUGAAGUUCAAGGCAAGUUCAGUAGGGGGUUCAGUUUAUCUGCAUCCGAAAUUGCAGCCAUUUUCUGAUAACGUGAACACAACUGAUGAUAAACUGGAUGAGGUACUGAGAUAUUUAGACAUGAGUGAUGGAGUGAAGGCGAAAUUCUUUAUGAAUAUACUAAAUUUAUGUGAAGCAAAGAAAGAGAAGCUGCUGGUUUUUAGUCAGUACCUUGUGCCUUUGAAGUUUUUACAGAGAUUAGUGAUGAAAGAGAAAGGUUGGCAACUAGAAAGAGAAAUUGUCUUGAUCUCAGGUCAUUCUACUCCAAACUAUAGAGACCGGUCCAUGGAGCACUUCAACAACUCCUCUUAUGCUAAAGUCUUCUUUGGCUCCAUCAAGGCCUGUGGAGAAGGCAUUUCUUUAGUUGGGGCAUCUAGAAUCAUAAUUCUAGAUGUUCAUCUAAAUCCAUCAGUGACUCGCCAAGCCAUUGGCCGUGCAUUCCGCCCUGGACAGAAGAGGAGGGUGGUUUCAUAUAGAUUGGUGGCUGCUGAUUCACCUGAAGAGGAAGAUUAUCAGGUUUGCUUCAGGAAGGAAUUGGUUUCGAAGAUGUGGUUUGAAUGGAAAGAGUACUACGGAUACAAAGAUUUCCAAGUGGACACCGUUGAUGUUAACAAGUGUGGUGAUGAGUUCUUGGAAUGCAGUCAAAAACUAGCAGAAGAUAUAAAGGUUUUGUAUAGAAGGUUAGUCCCAUCUCUUGGUUUUUUCCCAUGCAUAAUGAUUUUUCUUUUCUUUUUCUUUUCAUUACAAUGUUUGUUUACGAUUUUCAGGUAAAUCUCACUACACAACAGGUUAGUAAUAGAGAAUCUCACUUACCUUACUGACUACAUAUGUUAUAUAGUUAAUCCAUGAAUUUUGAUUCUUGAAAAUGGUACAGGUGUCAGAUUAGUAUGAUAUUAGUGGCUGUGGAAAUCUGUACAUAAAGUCAAUCCAUUUUGGACCCUUUUUUUUUGUUAACUUUCACAUACUUCACUAACCACACCAAGAUAGUGUUUUUGCUCAAAAUUAGAUCAUUUCUUAUAUCCUUUUCUUUCCUUUUACAGGAUAAUUUUGAAGUUGUUAAUUUUAUGUUUUUAUGCCUUCGCUAUUGCUAAAUUCUAAUUUGUUGUUGAAUGCAGACAAAAAAAAAUUGUUGGUUUUAUCCUUGAUUCUUUAUUUCUUUAGAAGAAGAAACACAUAUUUCAU